UAAUUGUGUGGCAUUGGGUUAGUCUCUCUCAGCUCUCUCACAAUUCACAAACGUUGGAAGAGAGAGAACAAAAAAAAAAAGAAAAGAAAAAAGAAAUGGACAAGUGGUUUAGAAGCAGAGGAAUAACGUUGUUACAAUUUACAACAUCGAGAUCCGUGUAGUGAGUAGCUCACUGCGUUAGCUUGACGAAGAAGGUUCAAUAUUAAGGUUAGCAUAGCAAAACCUUUUUGUGAAUCUGUGCUUGCUGGCGAAUCUGAAUCUGAAACCAACAACAACAACAACAACAAACGACUACUAAUGUUAACUACUACGACUUCUUUUUAGUCCACAGCGUGUUCGUGAAGAAAUGUCGUUAAAGCUUGUACUAUCAGAACCAUUUUAAUAUAGUACUUCUCUCUCUUUCUCUCUCUUUCACUCACUCCAUGUGAUCUUCAGCUCCGAGUUUUUUCUCUCUCUCUUGAGCCUCGGAUUCGGAUUAAACUAGUUCUUCUCAUGGACGGUUCGGUCUGGCAUUCUUGUGAAUUCGAGGGGAUAAAGAAUAAUUGCUGAGAUUUCAGAGUCAUAAUUAAUCACUUCACUAUGAAGCUGCAAAUCGUUUUUGCUGCAUUACCUUUCCUAUUGCUCCUUUCUCUCCUUCCUCAACAUUUAGCUGACCUUAAUUCAGACAAACAAGCUCUACUUAGCUUUGCUUCUAACGUUCCUCAUGGUCGGAAAGUCAACUGGAAUCCUGCUACCCCUGUCUGCACUUGGGUUGGCAUAAAGUGCACCCUGAAUGGCUCCCGUGUGCUAGCUGUUCGGCUCCCUGGUGUUGGACUUGCUGGUCCAAUUCCAGCCAACACCCUUGGAAAGUUGGAUGCACUCACAAUCCUAAGUCUUCGAUCCAACCACCUCAAUGGGAACAUUCCAACUGACCUACUUUCCCUUCCUUCCCUCCGUUACUUAUACCUUCAACACAAUUUCUUUUCAGGUAGUAUUCCUUCUUCUUUCCCUUCCCAGCUUAUCUUCCUUGAUCUCUCCUUCAACUCCUUCAUAGGAAACAUUCCAGCCACAGUUAACAAUUUAACAAAUCUCACUAGCCUGUAUCUCCAGAACAACUCUCUCACUGGCUCAAUCUCUUAUCUCAACCUCCCAAGGCUUAAGAAAUUGAAUUUGAGCUUCAACCACCUAAAUGGUUCAAUACCCUCAGCCCUGCAGAAGUUCCCCCCAUCCUCAUUUGAAGGGAACCUUAUGUUAUGUGGGCUACCUCUUAACCAGUGUCUUUCAAUUUCACCCGCACCUUCCCCUUCCUCCACUGUCUCAACUGCCCCUAGAGUUGGUUCCCAAAAGAAGUUAAGUACAGGAGCUAUCAUUGCAAUUGCAAUAGGGGGUUCUGUAGUUCUGAUUCUUUUAGUUCUGGUGAUAGUGAUAUGCUGUUUAAAGAAAAAAGAUGGUGAAAACAGCAGUGGAACAAAGGGAAAGGGUGGAAGAAGUGAGAAGCCCAAGGAGGAAUUUGGGAGUGGGGUGCAAGAGGCUGAGAAGAAUAAGUUAGUUUUCUUUGAAGGCUGUUCUUAUAAUUUUGAUCUUGAGGAUUUAUUGAGAGCGUCGGCUGAAGUUCUAGGAAAGGGGAGUUAUGGGACAUCUUAUAAGGCCAUUUUGGAGGAGGGAAUAACAGUGGUAGUGAAGAGAUUGAAAGAAGUGGCAGUGGGGAAAAGAGAGUUUGAACAACAAAUGGAAAAUGUGGGGAGGGUCGGUCCGCACCCAAAUGUUGUUCCUCUUCGUGCUUAUUACUAUUCCAAGGAUGAAAGACUCCUGGUUUAUGACUACAUAGCAUCAGGCAGCUUUUCCGCAUUAUUGCAUGGAAACAGAGAAAGCGGAAGAACUCCACUAGACUGGGAAACCAGAGUAAAGAUUUGCCUUGGAACUGCAAGGGGCAUUGCCCACAUCCAUUAUGCAGGUGGUGGGAAAUUUAUCCAUGGCAACAUCAAGUCCUCCAACGUCUUCCUCACACAAGACCUCAGUGGCUGCGUAUCAGAUUUUGGUUUGAGUUCUCUGACGGUUUUGCCUACCGUCCCAACUAGGAGUGCAGGCUACAGAGCUCCUGAGGUGAUCGAAAGUCGAAGAUGUACUCAAAAAUCUGAUAUAUACAGUUUUGGUGUCCUCCUCCUUGAGAUGCUGACAGGCAAAUCACCAGUCCAAUCAUGGGGACAAGAUGACGUGGUUGAUCUUCCGAGGUGGGUGCAAUCCGUUGUACGAGAGGAAUGGACUUCUGAGGUAUUUGAUGUAGAACUAAUAAGGUACCAAGAUAUUGAAGAAGAGUUGGUGCAAAUGCUUCAAAUGGCAAUGGCCUGUGUUGCAAAGGUGCCAGACAUGAGACCCACAAUAGGAGAAGUUAUAAGGAUGAUUGAGGAUAUCAGGCCAUCUGAUUCAGAGAAUAGGCCAUCGCCAUCAGAGGGCAAGCCCAAGGGCUCAAAUACUGAGACCCCAUGAUCGACCUCCCUUAGCCCCAUCAAUAAUCUCUAGUUUCUACCCUAGAACUCCAUAGGCUUUAGCUGCAUAAACUCCCAUAUAAAAACCUUUUCUAACUCUAUAAUAUGUGCAACUGCGUGAUUCUUUUUAGGGCAUUAGUUUAACAAUUUAAUUGUCUAGCAUCCGUUUCUCAAAAAAAAAAAAUUGUCUAGCAUCACCCCACUCCCUCCUCUUUUGUGAUUAUUGUAAUAAUAUUGCUUCAUAAAGAUAAUAACUAGUUGACUAUAUAUGAAUGUUCAUAAAAUUGUUCUCUAUA